AUGCCUUGCCCGGACGCCUUGGGAACGUCUCGCAAACGACAGGGGCCUGACGACCAUCUCGACCAGCCACGACUCCCAAAAAGGGCGAAGCCCAGCCAGCUCGCUUCAGCAUAUUGGGAUAACUUGUCGAAGAUCUGGUUAACGGAGGACGCUCUCGAGGAGUUGGAUCGACGGAACAGGGCGGCUUCUAGCAGCGUAAAAAGGUCAUCAUACUCCCACCACCGGCCGCUUACUCAACAGUUGCGGGGAACACUCGCCCCCGAUCCCUUAAUUAACUGCAAGCCCGAGAGCCAGAGCGAGAUCAAAAGGCUCUCCAGACGGGGUGGACCUGACCUGUCUGACCUUAGGAAUUUCCCAGACCCGCAUAUUCCUUUCUAUCAACCAAUGAGUGCAAACAGUUCACGUUCACAGAGUCGGAAGCGACGUGGGGACACUCCUACAGAGAGCAGCAAAAAUAAGACCGCAAAGACUACAAGCACCACUGCCUAUAACCGAAACUUUGAGCAGAACUUGAUCGAUCACGGUGUUUAUCCCCCUGGAUAUAAGUAUCCCGCUGGCCAGAAACCAGCCAAACCAAAUAACUGGUCGGAGCUCAAUGAACGAUUAGCCCAACCCCGGGCUUCCCUCUCCCCGUCAAGGUUCUCAGAGCGUAAAUUUGAACAGUUUGUUGACACAGACUUGAACGCUUCUAAGGAGAACCCUACUAUACGCUAUGCCUUUCCGAUCAUCGAAGGCUGUGUCGAUGAUAUUAGGUGUGUAGGGGGAGACUACCCAUUCGGAAACCUUGCUCCUUUGACGGAUGGAAGACUAGUAAAUGCAAAACCGGAUCACUUUGUUGGAGCCCGUCCAGAGCAGCUCGAUAUUCAAAUCCGAGAUGACCUUAGCGACUAUAUCCAACCAUCAACGCAGAGCUCCCUUCCGAUAGCUCCAAAUUUUUUUCUUGAGGCUAAAGGCCCUGAUGGGCUGCCUAUAGUUGCUACACGGCAGGCUUGUUACGAUGGUACUCUUGGGGCACGGGGGAUGCAUAAACUCCAGUCCUAUAAGCAGGAGCCUGUCUACGAUAAUAACGCUUAUACGAUAACGUCGACUUACGUCGCUGGUACCCUUAAGCUCUAUACAACCCAUCCUAUCCCUCGAGAGAGCAAUAGCCGUCCUGAAUAUAUCAUGACCCAGCUCAAUAGUUGGGCAAUGACUGGUGAUUUGGAGACAUUUCGAAAGGGAGCAACCGCAUAUCGAAAUGCGAGAGACUGGGCGAAAGAGCAGAGGGACAAGUUUAUAAAUGCCGCAAACGAGAGGCACAAUCAACCUCAACCUGCACAUGAGGCAACUUCUGAGCUUCCCUCGCCUGAACAUGAGGCAACUUCUGGGCCAACUGUCACUUUGGAGGACCCCGACACGUCAGCUAUGUCUGAUGAAGCUGAGUUCCACGAUGCUGCGCAGUGGAGCUUUGCACGGCCAAACGAUAACUUUGACGAUUCCCAAGCUUCGGGCAAACAUACUAAGGGAGCAACGGCAGAGCCAACCGACAGUACCAGCCGCAAGUCUCUCCCAAAUUAA